AUAUGCAAGCAAUUCAAGUUGAUGCAGUAAAUUCAUAAUCAUAAAUUUGUCUGCAAUUAAGCUUGCGUCUCUAUAUCAUCUGCUUUGUCUCUACCAUUCCUUCACUAGGAGGCUUCAUCAUUAACUUUGUCAUACUUUUACAUUCUACAUGAUGGAAACGGUGUGUCCACAUGGAUUGGGAACCUUGCGACCUCACUGAAUCACGACUUCGUUGAGAGGCAGCUACAGUGUAAUCUUUCCUAUGCGAAUAUAGAUAUUUGUUCCCGCAAAAAAAAAGAAUAUAUUCCAUUUAUAAUAAAGGUUCCUAAGGAAUUCAUUAUAGGAAUGUUUCCGAUAGAAAUGGUUUGCUUUUGCACAUCGAAACCAAAAAUUAAUCUUGCAGAUACACAUAAUUCGAAAGAAUAGGUGAAUUGUCGAAACGUAGAGGCAUCGAGCAAAGCGCGCCCUACGGCUUCUAGUAUAAUAUUAAAGUCUAACGUGUUUCCUAUGCAUUGGCAUGGCAUGCAAGAAUAGAUUAUUAACAUAUAGUGAAGAUCAAUGCAUGAUAAAACAAGUUUCUUACAAUUGUAGCCUGUUAGGAACAUCGAGAGGGCUUUGUUAUUCUUUCCUCUAUCAUAAUAAUUGUAAGUAUUGGAAGCAAACUCAGCAAUAUAAUUUCCAUGAGAAUUAUCAUGAGCACAAAAAAAUUAUGAACCACAAAUAUAGAUAUAAUUAAGCAAAUUUUUCCUCUAAAUUGUAUUUGGGAGAAUUCAGUAACAAGAUAGACCAUCAUAUGUGAGAGAGAAGCACUAGCCUGCCUCCCUUGAGAGGAUCCGAGCUCACCAACCAGAUCGUAACUUUUGGCAUUUGGUGAUGAUGGGCCUAAAGUUGUUGGAAGGAGUUGGACAGGAUAGCAUCACCUCUUUUCUUCCAAGUUUAGAGGGUGGUUUAAUGAUUCUUAAUUUCUUAUUAGUGUGGUUCAGCCUACACACGUGCUCCUAUGUAUUCAUAUCUAUUAAUGAAAAUACCUGAGGCAAAAGCAAGCAGAAAAGAGUUGGCUUUGUGUUGCAGGUGGAACAUCUUCUGGACCCUACUAGAUAUGGACGGACUCACCAUUGCCAUCCCUCCACCUUUCAAAAUUUCGUCCCAUCUCUUUGUUUUAACCAUCUGCUCUGCCCCUCCGACAUAACCAAUCCUCUCAGUAGGCCACCACCAGCGCCAUUGAUUGCAUUUGCAAAGGUGUGUGUCUGCUCCUUGUGAUUUCAAAAGUACAGUCAGGUCCACAUAUAUCUUUCCCUAAUAAUAAAGCACGGAUUGACUUUGUCGGGUUCACCGUCACAAUACGUUUCUUUCCGUGAAUUUACGCUUUCAGUUUGAGUUUAAAACAUAUAUGCGAGGUGGUACUAAUUUCAAUUGACUUUGUCGGGUUCUCCGUCACAAUACGUUUUUCCCGUGAAUUUACGCUUUCAGUUUGAGUUUAAAACAUAUAUGCAAGGUGGUACUAAUUCCGGGAACCGUCUGUAGUUCCGUCCGUCAUUGCGAUGAUUUCGUCCGCCGUCAACGAUCCAUAUUUUGUCGUCCGUCGUCCCUGUCGCUAUGUCUAACUCAGACGGCCCAUCAAAAUUUUUUGUCAAACGUCUAUCUGGCCCAAGUCAGCCGGCCCAACUUCUGUAUAAAAGAAGGCAGAAAAAAACUGCUCUUCAGUGGGAUCGAACUCAAAACCAACACACCUAACAUGACAAGCCGUUGCCAGUUGAGUUAGGAUGUUUUUGUGCUUGAACAAAUGGUUUCAGACCUGUCAAAUAAUCCCAGGCGGCCGAUGCAAAAAAAAAUCUAGACUAAGCUGGAUCGCAACAUAUGAGAAUACAAUGUUGAUUAACCUAUUAAAUAGUCCCACCUCGCUCCCUUAGAUCUAAUUUUCCUAAUUUAUAUACGUCUUGAUUUUCUUUUGGAUAUCGAGGAGCCAUCUCAGGAAUCGUUACGGAGGAAAUCAGACGUCUCGUAAUAAGAAAGGAGAGGCAUUGAGAGAAUAUAAUAAGGAAAGAAAGAGGGAUUGAGAUAAUAAGGAAAGAACGAGGGAUUUCAGAUGUGAUUAAAAACCAAACAAAGGAAUGAGGAAUUAAAUCAUGACUGGGAAUGAGAGAAAGAAAAGGUCGAUGUCGGGCUGGGGAACUCGUACAUGGAGAAACCAUAUUUGGAACAAAAAGCAUGUACGCCACACUCCAUUAUGAGUCAAAAAUAUAUAAAAAAAACAUGCGUACAAUUUUUUUUAUGGAACAUGCAAGUUGAGACUUUGAGCACAUAAAAAAAAUGAGCAUAUACAAAAUUAGAUGUCUUUGCACUGGAGAAAAACUUAGAUCAUGGCCAAUCAAGAUUUUGAGUUAUUCAAAAAAAUAUUUUUUGCCGGGGGAGUUAUUCAAAAAAAUAUUUUUUGCGGGGGGAGUUAUUCAAAAAAUUAAUGUGAUGUGCGAACGCACGGCUUACACAACAUCACCCACGGUGGACAUGACAGAACCAUGCAAUCGGAUCAUCAUCACAUGUGCGACCGGUCUCCCAGAUCAGACGGUCUGGUGCAAAAAUAUCAUAAUAUACCUACAUGGUCGAGGCCGAUGAAUUUCUUCUUUUGUGUCUAAAUUUGUUGAACCGCUUCGUUUGUAACUGAAUUGGUAGGUGUUUUGUUUAGGUGCAUAUGCCACAGUUGAACCACUUCUUUUAUAUCAGAAUUGUUGACGUCAAGAACUAAGAUAUGAUGUUAUAAUACUAAUAUUUGACGUACCGAAUUUUUUUAACUCAAGAGAAAAAUAUUUCGUAUAACACAUGCAAAAAAAUAUGUCUAGAUCACGAUAAAAAGGUGUUCAUUUUUUGUUGGUCAUGUGCUAUACUUUUCUGAGAACGGAAAACAUCUUUACUCUUAUUUUUCUGAUCAACUCACUAGCACCCGUCACCAAAGUACAAGGAAUCGGACUCGGAGUCCCUACUGUGUGCGACUCAAACUCCGCACUUUUCUUUGUUAUAUCAUAGAAUUAGAUAUGUGAUCUUUGUAAAACGCUCCUCAUAUUAUGUUGUUUCUCAUGUGACACUGUGGAGGAUUUCAAGGAGUGUGUUGAUAUCAUCAUGUCUCGUGAUGUGAGCCAUUGCAUUAGUAAAGUGAGUUUUUUUUGUCUCCUGUUGCAACGCACGGGCAUUGUGCUAGUACUAGUUCUAAACAGAAUCAAGGAAAAAAAUUACCUCCUAGUCUCCCAUAAAAGUUGGAGAAUAACACUGCUGCUAAUGAGUGAGUGAGAGAGAGAGGAGAUGGCAUGGCCGUAGGUCCUGAUGUAGGCGAAUAGAGACAGCACUGUGGUCUGUAGCUAAAAUCGAACCCUUUAAUCAUCGUUCAAUCACUAGAAAAUGCAGUCACAACACACGCGAUCCCUCGAUUUGGAAUGAGCGUGCCACCUUUUUACCAUAUCUUAGUGAUAACUGAUAAGCAACCUACCACUCUUCAGAACAAAAGUAGACAAGAGCACAUGCAGGUAACUUUUAGGUUCUGAGCUCCAUCCCUUAACCCUCAUCUGCUCCAUCGACCAUCUUGUAAGCAGCCAUGGAAGCAGCAGCAGCAGACGAGGAGAGGCCCCUGCUUCAUCUCCAACCGUAUAAUCAGGAUGUAGGUUCAGAAUACACCGGCGAUGGAUCUGUUGACAUCAACAAUCAGCCUGCUCUGAAGUGCAACACAGGCAAUUGGAGGGCGUGCUACAUGAUUUUAGGCGUCGAGUUCUGCGAAUGCGUCGCCUUCUUCGCAAUCGCGACCAACUUGGUAACCUACCUCACCACCGUGCUCCACGAAAGCAAGGUCGCUGCUGCGCGGGAUGUCUCUGCCUGGGUCGGCGCAUGCUUCCUCACACCACUUAUUGGGGCCUUCUUGGCUGACACAUAUCUGGGAAGAUACUGGACGAUAGUUGUUUCCCUUCCAGUCCACACCAUCGGAAUGCUCGUGCUCACAGUUGCAGCAUCAGUCCCGACAUCGUACUACCAUGGUGAUGUUCAUCGUACUGUGGUGGUGUACCUGGGACUCUAUCUUGCCGCACUUGGGACCGGUGGCAUUAAACCCUGUGCGUCAGCCUUCGGUGCCGACCAAUUCGACGGCGGGGACCUGAUGGAGCUGGAGAAGAAGGGCUCCUUCUUCAACUGGUACUACUUCCUGCUCAAUCUCGGCUCCCUUCUGUCAAGCACACUGCUUGUUUGGCUGCAGGACAAUGGUGGGUGGGGGCUCAGUUUUGCAAUCCCAACGGUGCUCAUGACCUUGGGCCUAGCAGUAUUUGUUGGUGGCUCCAGAGUGUACAGGUUCAGGAAACUGAGAGCAAGCCCAUUCACGAGUAUCUGUCAGGUGCUCGUUGCGGCCGUCAGAAAGUGGCAUGUGCAACUGCCAGAUGAUAUCUCGCUCUUGUACGAGCUGGCCAGUUCGUCAUCAUCAGCUGAAUCAAGUCACAAAAUUCAGCAUACAAGUCAAUUCAGGUUUCUAGACAAGGCUGCCACUGUGCCGCCCCCGUUAGACCAGACAUGCAUGGUGUUGCCGUUGUGUUCAUGGAGUCUCUGCACAGUGACCCAAGUUGAGGAGUUGAAGAUACUGCUACGGAUGUUCCACGUCUGGGCGUCGUUCGUGAUCUUCUACGCAGUCGCUGGGCAGACCGCAUCAACGUUUAUCGAGCAGGGGAUGGUCAUGGACAACCACGUCGGCCAGUUCGCAAUCCCACCUGCCUCCCUCGCUAUUGUCAGCGUGUUCAGCGUCCUUAUCGGGGUUUUCAUCUACGAAUCCGUGCUAGUGCCACUCGCGCGGCGUUAUACUGGCAAGGCGAAGGGCUUCUCGCAGACGCAGCGCCUUGGAAUUGGCUUUGCGCUGUCCAUGCUGACCAUGGUCUACUCAGCAAUGCUCGAGAUGAAGAGACUGGUGACAGCACAAGCUAGCGGUCUGAGAGACCAGAAUGUGCCUGUGCCAGUGAGCAUUCUGUGGCAAGUGCCUGCGUAUGUAAUGCAUGGUGCAGCCGGAGUUUUCGCAGGAAUCGGCAUGAUGGAGUUCUUCUACGAUGAGGCCCCUUACACCAUGAAGAGCCUUUGUGCAGCAUUCGCGCAGCUUGCAGUUGCGUCCGCGGCUUACUUCAACGCGCUCGUAUUUAGUGUUGUUGCGGUGGCCACGACGCACGGUGAUGAUCCUGGAUGGAUCCCGGAUAAUCUGAAUGAAGGGCAUUUGGACUAUUUCUUCUGGAUGAUGGCUGCUCUUAGCUUACUGAAUCUGGCGCAAUUUGGGCACUACUCCAUGAGGUAUAGAGAGAAGACAGCUUCUUGACACCGAAUAGUAGACACUGGGCAGAGGAUUAAAGACUCCCCGCAUCAUACCGCAACAAAGAUGGCUUCUAUGCAGUUUCUGUGGACGGCGCACAACAUUUGCCAAAUUUCCAUCAGAAUGAUACAUAAUACACCGAAACUUAAAUUUAUCAUUGUAUAUAUAGUUUUACCUCUGCC